AUGGAAGAGGACGAAGACACUGUGAUGGGUGGCUCCCAUGGUCACUUUCCUUCCACCUCUCUCCCUUCUCAUCCUAUCACCCAUCCACCUACACAAGCACAUCUCAGACCAGACCUCUUACUUGCUCCAUCAAUUCUGCCCCAGGCAGUGCCUGCAUCUCCCUCUCCUGGCUCAGAGCCCUUGCAACCGCAGGACUCCUUACCCAUCAGAGGCACCGAAGGCAUGGCCCUACCGGACGGGUCGGAAGGAAGCGUCAUCAGGCGCGAUAGUCUGGAGGAGCCGAACUCGGAUUGGUCUGACGAUGAGACCGCGAUCGUCUCGGGUCUCCCCCUGGCCUCCCCUCGCAACGGGGCUCUCACGGAUGUUCACCCCGAGGACCCCCGGCGCAUCUACUACAUCUAUAAAGAGCUCUGCCGCUCUGGCCUGGUGAAUGACCCCCACUGGGACCCUGCACGCGCACCCUUACCCUUGCAACGGAUUUCCGCUCGCGAUGCUACCAAGGAGGAGAUCUCUCUCGUCCAUACAGACGCGCACUAUGCGUUUGUCGAAUCCACAAAGGAAAUGAGCAAUGACGUGCUGAUCGAUUUGGAGCGAAAUCGUGAUUCUAUCUAUUUCAACAAGCUAACAUUCUCGACGGCUCUUCUAUCUGCUGGUGGUGCGAUCGAAACAUGUCUGGCUGUCGCUACUCGCAAGGUCAAGAACGCGAUUGCUGUCAUUCGUCCGCCGGGUCACCACGCUGAGGGCCACGCAGCGAUGGGGUUCUGCGUGUUUAACAAUGUGUCCGUUGCAGCGCGGGUGUGCCAGCAGGAGCUGGGUGACAAGUGUCGCAAGAUUAUGAUUCUCGACUGGGAUGUUCACCAUGGAAAUGGCAUCCAAAAGGCCUUUUACGAUGACCCCAAUGUUCUCUACAUCUCUAUCCACGUUUUCAAGAACGGCGAUUUCUACCCUGGAGGCCCGGAAGGAGGCUGGGACCACAACGGUGAAGGAGCUGGAAUCGGCAUGAACAUCAACAUACCUUGGGAUGAGCAGGGCAUGGGAGAUGGCGACUACAUGUUUGCUUUUCAGCAAAUUGUGAUGCCCAUUGCUGAGGAGUUCAACCCGGAUCUCAUUAUUAUUGCGGCCGGCUUUGAUGCCGCAGCCGGCGAUGUACUGGGUGGUUGUUUUGUCUCGCCAUCUUGUUACUCUCACAUGACGCACAUGCUCAUGACCCUCGCCAACGGCAAGGUUGUUGUGUGCUUAGAGGGAGGAUACAAUUUCCGAUCUAUCUCGAAGUCGGCAUUGGCGGUCACCAAAACCCUGAUGGGUGAGUCCCCAGGGCGCUUGCAGGGUGCCGGUCCGACCCCGUCGGCAGUCAAGACUGUCCGGCGUGUCAUGGCGAUUCAGUCUGGUUGGUGGAAGUGUAUGUAUCCCAAGGGGCCAAAUGGCCACCCUGUUUGGGCUGAACGGUUACACGCAAAGGAAUUGUACGAUAGCUUCAAGCUCACGUCACUGUAUGUUUAUCGCAAGGGCGUUUCCAAGUCAUUCGAGAACCAGGUUCUGGCGAGCCCCAACUACAACAAAGCUGUCCCGCUUAUUGUCUACUUCCACGAUCCACCCGAACUCAUCGGCCAACCUGACCCUGUUAACAACAAACUGGAGCUCCACAAUUGUUGGCUGGCUGAUGUCUCAAAGGAGUACAUCACAUGGAUCAUUCGCCAGGGCUAUUCUGUCAUUGAUGUCAACAUCCCCAAACAUGUGACCAAGUCCUCAUCUUCCCAUCAGUACGAGGACAACGACACGGACCGCCCUAGCGCCACGGAGGAUCUGGCAGGCUACAUAUGGGAUAACUACAUCGAACCAAACCCGAAUCGGAAGAUUUUCUUCCUCGGGGUUGGUGAAUCUUUUACGGGGAUUUCAAGUCUCCUGAUCAAUCGAGAAAACUUAUACCAGCGCGUGAGCGGAGUGAUCUCAUUCGUCGACAAAAACCCCGUGCGUGCAGUCACCUCCCACACGCAGGUUUGGCUGUCGAAGUGGUACCGCGAGAACUCGCUCGUUAUUGCCUCACACACCCAUGGAGUCUGGGAGCCGGACCGCAGACGAGCCAAGCGCUACGGACAGUUGGUGCGGUCGCCUCAGGAGGGACUGAGUGAGAUGCUCCAGCUCCACAAGGACGAGGUGUUCAAGUUUAUUGUUGAGCGUGUUGAGAAGGAGGAGGAGGAAGACAGGGAUUCGAACAUGGAAGACUAG